UUUUUUUAUUUAGUUUACCAUUCAUGAAAGAGAUAUAGUGAUAUAUAUCGUGUAUCGCGAUGUAACAAAAUAUAUUGCAAUAUUAUUUAUUGGCCGUAGUUCAGUUUUCUAUUUGAAAUCUAACAUUUCCAUUUUAUCAAACAUAAUAAACUAUUUUAUUUGCAUUCAUUUUGACCCAGUGUGUGGUUGUUAUGGGAGUCAUGAGCAACACUUUUGCCUUUUUUUUAAAAACCUUUCAGAAAUGGAAGAUGGGGAUGUCUCCGCCCUCGUGGUCGACAACGGCUCCGGCAUGUGCAAGGCCGGUUUCGGCGGCGACGACGCCCCGCGGGCCGUGUUCCCUUCCAUCGUCGGCCGCCCCCGACACCAGGGCGUGAUGGUGGGAAUGGGACAGAAGGACAGCUACGUGGGAGACGAGGCGCAGAGCAAGCGAGGCAUCCUGACGCUGAAGUAUCCCAUCGAGCACGGCAUCGUCACCAACUGGGACGACAUGGAGAAGAUGACGACGUGGCGUGGGACAGAGGGAAUCUGGCAUCACACCUUCUACAACGAGCUGCGCGUCGCCCCGGAGGAGCACCCCGUCCUGCUGACCGAGGCGCCGCUCAACCCCAAGGCCAACAGGGAGAAGAUGACUCAGAUCAUGUUCGAGACCUUCAACUCUCCCGCCAUGUUUGUGGCCAUCCAGGCCGUCCUGUCGCUGUACGCCUCCGGUCGCACCACAGGUAUCGUGAUGGACUCCGGCGACGGCGUGAGCCACACUGUGCCGAUCUACGAGGGAUACGCUCUGCCCCACGCCAUCAUCCGUCUGAACCCGGCCGGACGAGAUCUGACCGACUACAUGAUGAAGAUCCUCACCGAGCGCGGCUACAGCUUCACCACCACCGCCGAGCGCGAGAUCGUGCGCGACAUCAAGGAGAAGCUCUCCUACGUGGCCCUGGACUUCGAGCAGGAGAUGCAGACGGCGGCCAGCUCCCCCUCCCUGGAGAAGAGCUACGAGCUUCCCGACGGACAGGUCAUCACCAUGGGCAACGAGAGGUUCCGCUGCCCAGAGACGCUCUUCCAGCCGUCGUUCAUCGGGAUGGAGUCGGCCGGCAUCCACCAGACGACCUACAACAGCAUCAUGAAGUGCGACGUGGACAUCCGUAAGGACCUGUACGCCAACACCGUGCUGUCGGGCGGCACCACCAUGUUCCCCGGCAUCGCCGACCGCAUGCAGAGGGAGAUCAGUGGCCUGGCUCCGCCCACCAUGAAGAUCAAGAUCAUCGCUCCCCCGGAGAGGAAGUACUCGGUCUGGAUCGGCGGCUCCAUCCUCGCCUCCCUCUCCACGUUCCAGCAGAUGUGGAUCAGCAAGCAGGAGUACGACGAGUCCGGCCCGAGCAUCGUCCACCGCAAGUGCUUCUAGAGGAGGCGGAGAAACACAGCUGCACGUCGUCGUCGACUCUUCCAUCCGCCCGGAAACGUCUCUGGACUGAAAGAUCUUCACAGGGACGUUUCUCAAACUGAACAAUAAUCUGCCCUUUUCCUUUUUCUUUCUUUUUGCUUCUUGCUCAACAAUAAAAUGCCAAGAUUUGAUGUUUACAGCUGAUGAUUUUGUCAUUUGCCUUUCUCUUUUUAUUUAAACAGUUUUGACUCUGAUUCAAAGGUAAAUCAAAUGUUUUUUUCAGAC